AUGCAAGAGAACUUUGAUUUGAUUGAGGUGUCACAUGAUCAGGUGGAGAGUGAACAUGAGUGCAAUGUGACUAUUGAGGGGGGAAAGAUAGCCAAAGAGACUCGAGGUCUUAAACAUCCUUCGAAGAUUGCAAUGCCCAGAACAGCUUCUCACAUGCACAUGAAAGGGGCCCAAGCCUUCCUUAACAGUGUUGGCAGGACAUCCAUUCAUCAGUAUUAUGCGCUCUUCAGCAAAGCUUGGGGCAUUGCCCAUAAAGGGUGCUCCCUGCUUGAGGACUUGGGGGUUGAACUCCUAGCAGUUCUUCACCAAUCCAUGGCAGACCGUGAACAUAUUUGGCUUGCUUGCAAUAUGCAACUUGCUUACACCUGGUUCAUUGAGCUUGAGUUGCUGGCAAUGACUACGAAGACAUUGGAUGGGACCAUGGCUGCAGCAUCCUCGUCUGUUGCUUUGGGUAGCACAGAGCCCACAAUUUAG